AUGCUACAUUUCAACGUAACUCUCAUUUUUAUGGCUUAUGGACCUCCUGGCCCACUCAAUUAUGGAGUCUUCUUUGUCACUUUUGUGACUUAUCUUGCAACAGUUUUUGCCAAUGCAAUUUUACUCCUGGUAAUCUACUUUGACACAAGUCUUCAUAAGCCUAUGUACAUAUUUUUAUUCAAUUUGGCAAUCAAUGGACUGAUUGGAACCUCUGCUGUUCUGCCUAACAUCAUGUUCAACCUUCUUAAAGACAUCAAAUACAUCUCAUAUUACAGCUGUCUAUUGCAAGUGUUUUUUAUCAAUUUUUAUGCAGCUUGUGCAUAUGCAAUAUUAAUGGUUAUGGCAUAUGAUAGAUAUGUCUCUAUUUGUAAACCAUUACAAUAUCACAACAUUAUGACGCCAACUAAAAUUAGGAUGCUUCUGGGCAUAGUGUAUAUUUUUCCUUUUUGCUUUUUAGCUGUACAGCUUCAUCUUACUUCAGCAUUGCCUCUGUGUAGAUACACUAUAAAUAAGCUGUUUUGUGAUAACUUAGCAAUAGUUAAUCUCUCCUGUGUCAGGAGUGUACUUGGAGACCUGUAUGGCUUGGCUGGAAUCGUUAUUUUCCUUGGUUUUCCUUUGUUACUGGUAAUGCUGUCUUAUGUAAGAAUACUAAUUGUUAGUUUAAAGGCAUCAGAAAAUGCCAAGCAAAAAGCUCUACGAACCUGUGCCCCCCACAUAAUCACAUUUAUUAAUUUUUCAACAGCUAGCCUUUUCUCUGUAAUAUAUAAUCGAUUUAAUAAUUAUCUGCCAAAAGAACUAAAUAUUUUCAUGUCAAUACAUUUUAUUCUGAUCCCGCCCCUCUUGCAUCCAGUUAUAUAUGGGAUAAGAACUGAAAGGAUUAGCAGAAGUCUCACAAAGAUUUUACAAAGCAAAGUUUUUGCCCUUGAAUUCAGAUAG